AUGGGAGCACUGUUCUGCAAUCAGAAGUUGGAGGAAUAUCAUGUUCUAUUGCAUCGACACAGACCUGUCUUGCUGGCGUUUUGUGUUUUGAACUUAGGAUUUGCAGUCCUAGCAACCGUGGAAAAUGUCCUCGUCAUUCACGCUCUCCGGAGUUCUUCAACGUUACCUGGUAACUUAAAGAAGAUGUUUCUAAGUCUCGCCUUCUCUGACUUUGCUGUGGGAUUGCUGGGGCAGUCGAUGUUGGGAAUUAUUACAGCGAUUAUGUUGAAAACGACAGCGAAUGGAAACUAUGACCUCGAUUUCUUAUGCCCAACUUUGAUAACU